AUGGGGAAGACAGAGCCUUCCCGGCCAGAACAGCCCCACAGCCUGGGGGCCUCUCCUCUGCACCCCCGGGGCAGCCUGUCCAGGAAGCACUGUGAGAGCCAGGGGAGCCUUCUCCACUUCGACAGGCAGGCCCCAGGCCGGAUCUCCACCUCGCCCACCUUGAGGAGAUUGAGGGGCAAUGGCUGUGGGACCAGGCACUCCCUGCCUGAGCAGGAGACCUUGGAAGAGCCUGCUUGGGGCGGAUGGAAGGAGCCUGCAGGCUCCCCAUGUUACCUUCCCCAGGGUCUACCUGGAAGCCCCCCAAAUUCUUCCCACUCCUUAUCACCCUUGAGAUUCGGCUCAAGAUUGCCUCCGGACCCCAAAAGGGCCUUCAACACAGCUGAGUCCUCGGAGUUUCAAACAAGGCCCACCGAUGAGGCUGCCCUUCCUGUGCCUGUCCACGAGGGGUCCCUUCCCCCCCACUUCUCUUCCAGGGAGAGGAAGCCUCUGGCUGCACGGCCCCCCAGGCCUCAGGGAGAAGAAUCGCAUCAGUCCAGGUUCCGCGAGGGCAGACGGAGCUCUGUGGUGCUCAACUUGCCUGGCCUUGAGGUGUUCCCCGGGGACCUUCUGGUGUCAGAUGGAGCUGCUGAUUACCUGUGCCACCCACUUCUGCUGCUGAAUCCAGAAUCCAAAAAGCCACGAUGGCCUUUCUCCAGGAGAGGAGCGGGCAGAGACAAACACAAGCACAUAUCUGACCUGGAGCAGCGCCUCUCCUCGGUGAAGAUUACAGACUUCGGGGCCUAUGAAUUCCACAGCCUUAAGGGUAAGACCUGGAACGAAGUCAUGGCAACACAUCAGAAACUUCCUCCUGAUCAAUUAGACUUGAGAAAGCAGCAAGAGGCCAUGUGGGAACUUUUCACAAGCGAAUGCACUUAUUUCUUGGACCAUUUAUUAGUUCUUAAGAUGAUCUUCAUGAAUACACUAAAAUAUCUACAAACCUGCGAAUAUCUCCUGGAUGUGGACUCAUGGCGACUUUUUGCAAACCUGGAGGAGUUAAGUCAGACAAGCUUUGGUUUUGUGAGCAGUCUCUUUGCCAUCAUCAAGGACUACUUCGAUGCCCCUGAGACUUCACCACCCAUGGAUUUCAUUUCCGUGCUCUCGAAGUAUUUCCGCGGGAGCCUCUGUCAGAGCCACCAGACCUACUGCCUGAACUACUCAGCUGCCGUCUUUUACCUCGAGAGCCUGAAGCAGAGAGAGGACUUUGGAACUUACUUAAAGUGGUGUGAGCAAAAUGAACAGUGCAGACGGCUUCGCCUGCCUGAGCUGCUGGUGGCCCCACUGCACCGACUGACCCGGUACCCCUUGCUGCUGAAGAAUAUCUGGAGAAGGAGUACGGACUCCACUGAGAAAAUCAUGAUCUACUCCAUCAAGGAAAAGGUGGAAAAGUCCAUCCGGGAUCUUGAUGGAAAAGUGAAGUGGCUUGACAAUUUUCAAAAAUGUAGACAUCUACAGGAGAUUAUAGUGUGGCCUCCACUUUGGGAUAGAGAUAAAAGGUUUUUCAUUCCAGAGUGCCUGAAACACGUUUUUAAAGAGCACAUGGCAGAAAACAUCCUGUCACCAACCAGCAGACACCUUCUCUAUGAGGGAAAAUUAACUCUUGCAGAAAGUACCAGAUUCCUAGAUGUUUAUCUGUUUCUCUUUGAUGAUUUCCUCUUAGUUACGAAAACUAAGCGCAACAAAAAGAAAGUUGGAGGCUUGGACACAGGUGUAAUGUGUCCUUCACUUACUCCUGAGCUGCAAACAGUAAUAAAAGAGGGUGGUUCGUGUAAAGUACUCGAUCAGCCCAUUCCACUCGAUAGAUUGGUAGUCAAAAGUAUUGAUGCACUCCACGUGUCAGUCUUUGGAUUGAGAAAUGCCUUCCUUAUUCAACAUGAAAGCCGAUAUCGACAGUGUAUAGCAGCAUUCUUAUUACAAGCCCAAACAGAGACCAUCAAAAAAACAUGGAUGGCACAAAUAACAGCAGCAAUCUCUUGCUUCACCAAGAGUCAGGAAACAAAGAAAAUACCUUUCUUCAUGCCAUCCACAGAAUCCUCUGAAAUUUAG